CGACGAUCUUCGAUCAGCAGAACCAGAAACACGUGUCACGUUUUAAGUCGGAACAAAUUCAGUGACGGACGGUUUAGUUCUCCCUCAAACCCAGAGAAUAGACUUGGUUUUUUUUGGUUUGGUUUGCUUGUCUGUUAGUUAACUGACUAAAGCCAACUGACGGUGGGAAGUUGACGUUCGCUGAUCUCAGUUUUGUUGACAUGGCCUCAGGGGAUCAGCUGCACCAAGUCCACAAUCCACAUCAAGAGCCAGACGAGGAUCCGGGUUUUCAGCUUCAGUUAGAGAACCUGACACUGGAAGAGCUGAUGCACAGGGUUCAGUCUGUGCAGACGGACAGCUGGACGGCGGAAUCCAGCACCAACACUGAGCCGGACUGGGAGGCUCAGGUGGCGGCCAUGUUGGAGUACAGCACUGGCCUAGAGGAACGUUACGAGAAGCUGAGGAAGCAGCAGGACGAGCAGGAGACGGAGCGCCAACAACUCAAGCAGGAACUGCAGAAGAAGAAGGACGAGGCCACACGGCAGCACCAGGUUCUUAUGGAAAAACUACAAUCUCUGCGGGUCAAACUGCAGCUGAAUAACUCCAAGGCCACCAGGAAGACCUUCUUAUCCAAGAGGCAAGAGCUGAUCUCAGAGAAGUCCAGAAUUGAGGAAGACAACGUCAGGCUGGGCAAGGAACUGGAAGAGAGCGAGAAGAAGCUGACACUCCUCAUCGAUGAGCAGAGUGAGGAGCAGCGUCAGUGGCAGGAGGAGCUGGAGGAGCUGAGGCAGGAGAUGGAGCGGGUGAGGAAGGAAGCCCAGGAAGCAGAGCUGGUGGCCUUGCAGGACGAGGUAGCCGCCGUGGAGAAGCAGCGGGCUGUCGCCAUGGCACGCAUCGAGGCGUGGCUGCAGGAGCUGGGUCUGUUCCUGAACACCCUGAGGACGGAGUUUCCUCAGCGGUACCAGAACGAACGGCUGAAGUGGGAGAAGAAGCAGGAUCUGGUCCGCAAGAACCAGGCUGAGCUCCAGAGCCAUUUCCAGGAGAUGCUGCAGCAGCUCCAGCAAGGUCACACGUUUGAGUCCCUCUCCAGGAUCAGCAUGCCGGUUCUGCCUCAGCUUCCCAUGGCCGACCUGAGGAUCACUCAGAUUGUUCAGUCAGUGGCUCCCCCACAGUUUCAACCCCCACCAAUAAACUGGCCCAUUGCACCCCAAAGGCACCCGCACCAUUUCCAUUACCAGCCACCGCCUCCCCGGCCCCCCCAGUACCGUCAGCGAUAUCACCAGCCGCCACCCCAACAUCACUUUCAGCCCCCGCUGCAGUUCAAGCCCCAUUUCAGGCCUCCAGUUCGCGCGAUUCCUCCCUACAGCGUCAACGUGCCUACUCCCAUCCAGGCCAUGUACCCUGUAGCCCCGUCCCCACCUCUGCCCCCAACCCCGGCUGCUUCUGACCCUGCUUCUGCAGGCAAACUAGACAAGCUCCUAGAGAAGCUCGGGGCGAGGUUCCCACAAUGCAACAGGGCUCAGCUGACCUCGCUCUUGCAGCAAGUUAAGACCUCCCGUGGAACGCUGGCUGGCAUGUCGAUGGAGGAAGUCGUUGAGCAGGUUGGCUUCAAGCUGGCACAGAACGAGCGGUCGGCCCCAGCGCCCGUCAGCCGGGCUGCCCCCCUGGGUCCCAUUCAAAGGCCGAUGCCACUGCCACAUCGGGCGAGCGCGGCGGCAGGACAAAGUCAGCUGGCAGGGCCCCGUAAGCUCUGUCUGAUGUGCCAAAACCAUGUGGAUCCAGAGUCACGCCACCCGCUGACCUGCUCACACACCAUCCACAAAGACUGCAUCCGUGUGUGGCUGCAGUCCAGCAAGAACAACUCGUGUCCGUUCUGUCCAAUGAAGUGACAAGAUCAGGAUGACAGGAAGCAUUUGUCGCACUCUUCACUGACCAGAGCCAAUCACAUCAGUGCCAUUCCAAAGCCUGUUCAGGAUGGAUGAUCCGUUGAAGACGAGGAGGUGCCGUCACACCCAGCGCCCCCUGCAGGCUAACAUCACUUCCCAAUUAACCUGUAGAACAUGAUCAGUAAUAGGCUUCAGACAGCUGCAUAUAAAAUUUACACCAUGUAUUAGAAUUUUUUUUCAUUAAUUUGUAAACAAAUUAAAGUUUUUCGAAAAUGAGUGUUUUUCAAUAAAACUGGAUAUCUGAAUGACAAAA